AAGCAAAUUAUUUCCCGCGCUUGUGAUCUCAUCUUGCAAUCUGCAAUACAGAUCGCACUGAAUGUCCAAUGUAUGCUGUGGCAAGUGGCAACACGUUUCAGUGGAUUUGGAACAACAUACAUGAAGGGCAACUUGGUAAAUCUACUUUAGCUCCUUGAAUCUAAUGGUCACCUAACCUUCCUUCGUUAUAAACAAUUUCCUCGUCCGUGACUUCAACUUUGGCAUAUAUAGCAGUACUAUACAACAGACAGAGCGAGCGAGCUAGAUAAGGUCACAUAUAUGAACAACAUGUUCGGUCAAUAUCCUUUGUUUUCACUGGCUUCUCUAGCCACAUUCCUUGUCUUAACCCACGCCGCCACCGCGCCGGAGAAUCCUCCUCCGCCGCUCACAGCCUCGGCGAGGGAGUUCUUGGAGGCGCACAACCAGGCAAGAGCCGAAGUGGGCGUGGAAGCACUCAGCUGGAGCGAGAAGCUGGGGAACGUGUCGAGUCUGAUGGUCCGUUACCAGCGGAACAAGAAGGGGUGCGAGUUCGCGAACUUAACGGCGAGCAGGUACGGCGGGAACCAGCUGUGGGCAGGGGUGACGGAGGUGGCGCCGCGCGUGGUGGUGGAGGAGUGGGUGAAGGAGAAGAAAUUCUACGUCCGGGAGAACAACACGUGCGUGGGGAAGCACGAGUGCGGGGUUUAUACGCAGGUGGUGUGGAGGAACUCGACGGAGGUGGGGUGCGCUCAAGCCGUGUGUGUGAAGGAGCAGGCUAGCUUGACCAUUUGUUUCUAUGACCCACCUGGCAACGUCAUUGGGGAGAUCCCAUACUGAUUCUUCUUCAUCAAAUUAUGUUUAAUUAAGCUAACUCCAUCACCUGUCUUAAUUUUAUCCUCUGUUUAGUGUUUUUACGUAAUGUAAUGCUAUUUAAGUGUUGGAUUUGUUAGGUGUAGCUGUAUGUCAAAUUGCAUGGAUUUAUUUUCCAUGCUUGAAUAUUAGUUAUGAGUUAACUUCGUCUUGUAUGAGUACUGUUGCUGAACUUUCCUUCAUCAUUUUCUAUCAAGC